AUGGAACACUAUAGUCAUUUACCAAAUUGUCCUAAUCGUAAUAGUCCAACGCUUUGGGUAAUUAAAACUGCAUGUAGUUGUCAAUCAGCAGUACCAUUAUCUCCACGACAAUCUCCACAAAAACAAACAACUCAGUCGCAGUUGCCAACUACAAUGUUACCUCCAAAACAACCUAAAACUAUUCAACAAAAAGCAGUUUUACAUGCAGCGGCAACAAAAGCCAAAACUCUCCCUGAAUUAUCUCAUCCUCUACAGAGACGAAACUCAGCUGAUUGUGCAUCACAAGAGCAACAACCCCAAGCAUAUCGAGAAGAAGAAAAAAGACGAUCAUCUUUAUCCAAUUCACUACCACCAAUUUUAGAACAUAGCAGUGAAAACAACAAUCGAUUAUCACCUCCAAUCUCACCUUCACAAGGUCAACGUUCUGCUGGCACUGUUUUUCCACCAGAAGCUAUUUUCAGUAUAUACGAACAGCGUUACAGUCAAGCACAACAACAACUUCAACUCGAACUUCAUCGUCCAUCCGGUUUUCUUAAUAUUGAAUCGAUCUCCAAUCAUAGACAACACGAUACUAAUAGGAUUACACAAUUAAUUCAGUACCCCUACGCCUCGUAUCAACAAGAAUGUUCUACUCCUCCUUCUUCACCACAGCAACAAAGAAAACACCAACAUCACCUAAUUUCGACACAAGUGGUAAGGCAAUUAAUUUUUUACAAUGCAUUACCUUCUGUUACAAACUAA